AUGCUGAUCAACAUUUUCCAGCCCCUUUUCGAAGUCACUCUCAAUCCAAAGUCGCAUGUUAAAUUGCAUGCUUUUCUUCAGCAUGUAGCUGGCUUUGAUUCAGUAGACGACGAAUCAAAGCCAGAGAGCACAACAUUCGAUUUUGAUAUUGCCACUCCAGAUCGUUGGACAUCAACUGACAAUCCUCCCUACGCUUAUUAUAUAUAUUACAUGUACGCCAACAUCACCAUUCUCAAUCAGCUCAGAAGGUGA